GUAUGCAGGAGAAAGUUGUCUCAACUGCGUUCGCUGACAGUUUUCCAGCCCCAAAAUUAAAGCCGAGUUGUUUUCGAUGCGUCCAGCCGUGCCUUCUUUUAGUUUCACCCCAAAAGCUGCGCAGCAUCACCUUUGAAAAAUUACGACAUCUCACAAGCAGCGAAGACGCCGUCGUGAAGGUCGGCCGGAGUCUGCUGGUCCGGAAGUUCUGCAGGAAAAGAGCCAGAAAGGCAUGAAAAACAGGAGCCGGGACACUUUUCCGGCCAGGAUUUGGGGAAACGCGCUGAAAACCCGUUUUAUUCGCUUGUCUGUGUGAUAAUUUCAUUGUACGUGCCGGGGGGAAAGAUGGGUCUCCCGACGCUGGAGUUCAGCGACUCGUUCCUGGACAGUCCGCAGUUCCGAGAGCGGCUGCAGUGCCAUGAGAUCGAGCUGGAGCGCACCAACAGAUUCAUCAAGGACCUCAUCAAAGAUGGAAACAUGCUCAUAUCUGCACUCACGAGUCUUUCUCUUGCAGUGCAGCGCUUCUCCCAGUCUCUGCAGGAGUUCCAGUUUGAGUGUAUCGGAGAUGCAGAGACUGAUGAUGAGAUCAAUAUAGCUCAGUCCUUGAAGGAGUUUUCUCAGCUUCUAAACACGGUGGAGGAGGAGAGAAAACGACUGAUACAGAACGCCGACGAUGUUCUGAUCUCACCGCUCGAGAGGUUUCGAAAGGAGCAAAUCGGAGCCGUUAAGGAGGGAAAGAAGCAGUUUGACAAGGAAACAGAGCGGUAUUACUCCGUGCUGGAGAAAAACCUCAGCCUGUCCUCCAGGAAGAAGGAAUCCCACCUGCAGGAGGCCGACACACAGAUGAGCAAGGACAGGCAGGUCUUUUACGACGCCUCCCUGCAGUAUGUGUUUAAGAUCCAAGAGGUGCAGGAGAGGAAGAAGUUUGAGUUCGUGGAGCCGUUAUUAGCCUUCCUGCAGGGGUUGUUUACCUUCUACCACGAGGGCUACGAGCUCGCCAACGAGUUCGAACCCUACAAGCAGCAACUCCAGUUCAACCUGCAAAAUGCUCGCAACAACUUUGAAAGCACCCGCGCUGAAGUUGAGAGGCUGAUGAAGAGGAUCCGUUCUGCCGAGGAGGACUUCAAGGCCCCCAGCCCGUUUACCAUGGAGGGAUAUCUGUACAUCCAGGAGAAACGUCCGCUGGGAAGUGUGUGGACCAGAUACUACUGUACCUACGAGAGGAGCGCCAAGACGUUCACCAUGAGCAGCCCGGAGACUCGACCGGCCAGCAGACAGAAUGGCGUGGUGAACGGCAGCCCCGAGAUGUUCAGGCUGCGCUCGUGUGUCCGAAGGAAGACCGACUCAAUCGACAAGCGCUUCUGCUUCGACAUCGAGGUGGUGGAGAGACACGGCGUCAUCACUCUGCAGGCGCUGUCGGAGCCAAACAGGCGGCUUUGGAUGGAAGCGAUGGACGGAAAAGAACCGAUUUACACUCUUCCCUCGCUACUCAGUAAAAAAGAGGAGACUUUUCUCAACGAGGCUGGCUUCAACUUUGCUAAGAAGUGCAUCGAGCUGAUUGAAUCCAGAGGUAUCACCACGCUGGGGCUCUACAGGACGGGAGGAGUGAACUCUAAAGUGCAGCGGCUGAUGACGAGCGUGUUCGCGUCCACGGCUCCUGCUGACAUGCAGCUGGACGCAGACGCCUGGGACAACAAGACCAUCACCAGCGGCCUCAAGGACUACUUCAGAUGUCUGGCCGAACCGGUGCUGACGUACCGGCUGCACAAGGAAUUCAUCCGAGCUGCCAAGUACGACGACCACAAGUACCGCGUGAGGGCGAUCCACGCACUCGUGCACAAACUCCCGGACAAGAACAAGGUCAUGUUGGACCUCCUGACCAGCCACCUCCUCAAGGUGUCGUCUCACAGCGACCAGAACCAGAUGACCGUGUCCAACCUGGGGAUGAUAUUUGGGCCGACGCUCAUGAGGUCGCAGGAGGAGACGGUGGCCGCCAUGAUGAACAUCAAGUUCCAGAACAUCGUGGUGGAAAUCAUCAUCGAGAACCACGACAAGGUGUUUGGAGAAGCCCCGGACCUGACGGUGCCGCUGCCUCAGGCCCCGUCGUCGCGGUCCACCCCCCGGAGGAGCAAAGCCAUCUGCCUGUCCUCCGGGAAGAGGCGGGCCCGCCUGUACCCCCCCGCCCUCUGCCUGGCCGACAACGACAGUGACACGUUCAGCAGCAGCUCCAGCACCCCGAUGGGCAGCCAGGAGUCUCUCUCCUCCCACUCCUCGGAGAAGAACGGGGCGUCCCAGACGUCUCCUCCGUCCUCUCCCGCCGCCGAGCCCGGCUCGCCCGGCUCGCUCGACUCGCCCGGCGCCUCGCCGUCGUCUCCUCCCGCAGCAGAACCCCCCGACCCGUGCGAGGGGAAGGAGCCGCCGGAGCCAGGUCACCUCUCCUCCUCCCGUUCCCUGGCUCCAGCCGAGCAGCCGCCCUCCGUGUCGUCCUCCACGUCCUCUCUGCUCUCGGCCGUGGAGCGGUCCUUCAACAGGAACUCUAUCACCUCCUUCUCCUCUCUGAAGGAGUCCCCAUCUCCCUCCAGGGCGUCGGCGUCCACCGCCUCCAUCCGGCACUCGCCGGGAGAACAGGCCUCGUCCCUCGGGGAGAGAGCGCCGUCCGUCUCCUCCCUGAAGAGCUCUCGCUCAGCCGAUCAGAGGAACGCCUCGGAUGCUGCCGGAGCAGAAACCCGAGCCGCAGACUCGACCUCCGCUCAGCAGCUCAACGCCGCCUACAGGACCGCCUCCUCCUCCUCCUCGUCCUCCUCUUCACUGUUUCCCUACCAGCUCUCCGCCUCCUCCUCCCUCACCUCCCUGCACAUCUCCGAGGACUACAAGAGCUGCCACGGAUCCAUGCACUCGCUCAUGUCCCUGGACCCGCAGGACGCCACGCGGGUGCGGAAACACAUGCGCUCCGGGUCCGACCUGACCCCCAAACGCACGGCAGCCGCCUCCAGCAACGGCUACCAAAGGCCCGUGUCACUAUUAUCAGCCAGACCGCCGAAGCGAGAGAGCUCCGUGUUCUCCUCCGCUCUGGACAUUUGUCCCUCAGGAAGAGAAGCCACAGCUCUGUAUUCCUGCGAGGCGGAGCACAGCCAUGAGCUCAGCUUCCCACAGGGGGCGCUGCUCUCAAACGUGUGUCCGUCGGUGGAACCGGGCUGGCUGCAGGCGACGUACAAAGGCAGAACGGGCCUCAUCCCUGAAAACUACAUCACGUACGCCUGACUGACCUGAUGAUGUCAUCUGACUGACCUGAUGAUGUCAUCUGACUGACCUGAUGAUGUCAUCUGACUGACCUGAUGAUGUCAUCACUGAAGCGAAAAGAUUUCUCUGAGAUUUUGGGAAUCAGCAACAAAGAUUAACUGUGACUAUUAUUUCUGACUACUGUGGCAAAAGAUCAAUAAUGAUGUUCUGUAUAUAUCUGUAUUAUGACUUUUCUAAACUGCCUUUUACGCAGUAGAUGUUGAUAUUUAACUUGACUUCACCUCAGGGUGCUCGGCGGUUCCUGCCGUCUCUGCAGGUGAUUCGUACUCAGUAAUUGUGUUUAACAGGUACAUGGAAACUAGUUCCGUCAGUCUUGAUAAUUUAUGUAACUAUAUGUCUUGAACGUAAAGCAUCAACACCUCUGUGCCUUCAACUGUAUGAGCUGCUGGUUCAAAUCCUGCCUCCAUGCAUUUUUUUCUUUGUGCUCUGUCAGCUGUCAGAAUAAAUCAUCGAACA